AUGUACAAGAUGUCUUCCACUCCCACUCAAAACAGUUCCAGCUGGUGUUUACCUGUCACAAAAGGCAACGAGGUCAACACCUACACCAUCAAGGUCAAUAGGAACAUGGUCCAUGAUUUAGAUGACCGCGUCGUUGCUUUCAAUGAUGACAGUACUACGGAGUGGGUUAUUACUUUCAGGCGACACGAGAGAGCAUAUACCAUCGAGAGGAAGGAUGAGAGCUGUUUGGCAUGGACUGCUCCAAACCUCGGCCCAGAAAAACCUCAUCCCCUGCAGAUUCUCCUUCAGCCUCUCAGCAUCGUUGGUCCACCAUCAUACCCUAUACCUGCUAAGAUCAACCCUGUGCAGUUGAUUCAAAUUUGA